GUUUUCUGUUUAUGGGGAGGAAACAUUAAAAGAUUCUUACAGAGUCCAUCAAUAAGAACAGGAUUAAGAGCACUCAGCAAUGAACAGCAUAAACCAAGAAGACGUGGAUAGAGAAGAACAAGAAGAAGACAUGGAAGGCCAACAAAACCAAGAAGCUCAUUUCAGUGCAUUUAGCCAACGUAUCUUCCUAUGGCCCCGAGGGUUGUUCUCCAAGAAAGAAGCACCUUCAUUCUUCAGGAAGCCAAAGAUAAUCAGAGGCAGUAUGAUAUUUCUGGCUGUGUUCUCCUUCCUUAUGUUCCUCAUUGUGUAUCCCCAAAUGCUCAGCAAGGUAACAGACAUUCAGACUUCCAUCCAGACGCUGACUGAAAUUUUGGAGACGGCUCGUCCUCAAGCCCAGAUGAUGAGUUCUCGUUUGGGAAAUGUCAAUGCUGAGAUCCAGAUGUUAAAAAAAGAUCUCCAAAAUGUCAGUUCUGAGAGCCAAAGGGCAAACAGCAAUCUAAAGAAUGCCAGUGAUGAGGUCCAAAUAUUAAAAAGGGGGCUGGAAAAUGCCAAUGUUCAGACCCAGAUGGCAAACAGCAAUCUGAAGAGUGCCAGUGAUGAAAUAAAAAAAUUAAAGGAAUCUUUGGAAAACACAAAUGCUUUCCAUUCUGAGGCCCAGAGGUUAAGUAGUGGUUUGGAGAAAGCAAAUGGAGAAAUACAGAAGAUAAUGGAAAGCCUGGUAAACACCAGUAGCCUAAAAGAUGAAGUCCAAGGCUUAAGACAGCAACUGGAGAAUCUCACAGCACAACAGCAGCAGCAAAGCCAUCAGAAUUCUCUUCUGCAACUAAUCAUCCAAGGCUGGUACUUCUACAAGGGGAAGGCAUACUACUUUUCAGAGACCCAAAAGACUUGGGAUGAGGCUGAGGAGUUCUGUGUGGCCCACAAUUCUCAUCUGGCCUCCGUGACCUCAGAUGACGAACAGGAAUUUCUGAGUAAGAGGACAAAUGGAGUAUAUCAUUGGAUUGGGCUGACUGACAAAGACACUGAAGGAACCUGGCACUGGGUGGAUGGGACUCCGUAUAAUGAGAACAAAGUGUUUUGGAAUAACAACCAGCCGGACAACUGGCAGUAUGGGAAGGGCCUGAGUGAGGACUGUGUCCACAUUGAGGUGAAGUGGAAUGACAUGCUCUGUGACAAACCUUACCGCUGGAUAUGUAAGAGGGUGACAGGCCUACCUGAGCAGCGCCCAUAGCCUCCACCUGCCCCUAUCCUGCCUUCACAGAGCCAUGAAAUAUCUAGGGACGCUUCAGACUCUGCCUCUUCCAUCCAUACCUAGAUCUCCUUCCUUCUCAGCACUAGACACUGGUCUGAAUCCCCCAUCCUCUGAGACCCUGCUCAAGCCUCUAGUGUCCUGGGGCAAUUUCUAGGGUCAUUUUGACCACAUGGGACUCUCCCUGCGGCAAGCCUCAAGCUCUUGGUCAGCACCUCACAUGGCUCCCUAAAGGAGACCAGGCCCAGCUCCACUUUAAUCCCCAGCCAUCUUCUUGAAGGCUUCCUCCUUACAUAGGCGUCCAAUUCUUUCCAGCUGUUAUGAAACGUGGCUACUGAAAAAAGGAUAUCAAACUGCCCCCAUAAUGCUCUAUUCACUAUAUAUCUUUCCAAACUAAAGUCUCUUAACCUGGCCACCACUCCGUAUUAGUGAGAUUUCUCCUUGUCAGAAUGUAGGACAGUCCGCUCUUUUGUAUUCCCAGCUCUAAGCCCCGUGUUGGGCACAUAGAACCCUUUAAUAAAUGCAUUUCAUUCUUUGA